ACAUAUACAAGUAUGAAAAAUUGUUGAAGAAUUCAAGACGCCCUGAAGUGUUAGUAAAAGAAAUCAAGAGCAUGGUUGACUACUCCUUGUCUACGCCCAUUCAUGACACAAGUGUUUAUCAGUUUCCCCUGGAGCUGGUGUCUGAAAUACUGCAGCAGAACGAAGAAUUUCUGUCAAAAAUUGAACACGAGAACAUCAUUGUUGCCAUAGCUCCAUUGUUGGAGAAGAACCACCCCACCCAGGAAAUCUGUGACUUUUUCUCAAAGCAUUGUCGUAACAGUCCAAGAUCAAAAAUUGUCAUUGAACUCUUCACGCCAGUGGUGCAUAGGAUUUUAAAACACAAUAUGGACUUUGGAAAGCAUCCACGCUCUAGAGCCUUCAUCACAGAGUAUAUUCAGGCCUUGAGCUCACAGAAUGACGGAAUCCGAGUGGUAAAGAAUUUUGUGAAAACUAUGCAUGGUCCAACCAGUGUAUGUCCACAUCCCAGAGUGCUGCCCAACUUGGUGGCAGUUUGUUUUGCUGCUAUCUAUGGAUGCUACGAAGACAGAAAAACAUUUAUGCUCAAUAAUAACAGCAUCAGCAGCUACAUCAUGACUGAGAUACAUGACCGCCUAACCUGUUACCUUGCCAUUCUAGAGACCAUGUCAGAGUUUGAAGACUGGAGACCCAAUUUGGCUAGUUUUCUGCAACCUAUACCAUUUCCAGACGAGUAAGUAAAAUACACAAUUACAUAUGAAACAAAUUAUUAUCAUUAUCAUCAUUUAAUAUGAAUGGUAAAGAAGUUAUUGGAUGUAAAAACCUGCCCCAUUAUGCAUUGUAAAGAGAUAAGAAAUUAUACAUAAAUGGUUAAUUGAUUGUCA